ACUGGAACGUAACCCUGUUCUAACGGCUACACACAAAUCCAAAAAAAACAUCCUCAAAGUUCUGUUCGAAGACUUCAACAUCAUUUUUUGUUGUUGUUUUUGCUAAUCGUUAAUAAAUUUAUACGCGAAUGUGGAUAACAAGCGCGCAAGGAUAAUAGACAAAAAUUCCCAAAAAAAAAACUUUGUUCUACCCUGAAAGGCUGAUUACAAGAUGACGGAUGAAAACGGAACCAAGCCUGAAAAUGGCAAUGUUCCGGAGAGUACUACAAGCGAAACUCCAGUAGAACCUGCAAAAACCGAUGCCAUCGAACUGUCUCCCGCAUCAUUGGUGGAACCUAAAAAGGUUGAAGAACCCGAAAACAAUGGCGCAAUUGAAGCUACGAAUGUUGCCGAAGCUGAAGGCCAGGUCAAGAAAUUGCCCUAUCCCAAAUCGGUAUUCUUCAUUAUCAGUAACGAAUUCUGUGAACGUUUCAACUACUAUGGCAUGAGAACAAUUUUGGUUUUAUAUUUGAGUCGCCAGUUGAACUAUAGCGAUGACACGGCCACGGUUAUUUUCCACAUCUUCACCAUGUUUGUCUAUUUCUUGUGUAUAUUGGGCGCCAUCAUAUCGGACAGUUGGUUGGGCAAAUUCAAAACGAUUCUAUAUCUCUCCUUGGUCUAUGUAUGCGGUUCUGUUUUGGUUACAUUGGGCGCCAUGCCACCAUUGAAUUUGCCGGCAACAACAUUUACAAUGAUAGGUCUGGCAUUGAUAGCCCUAGGUUCGGGUGGUAUAAAACCGUGUGUCUCGGCGUUUGGUGGUGAUCAAUUCAAGAUGCCCGAACAAUUGAAACAGAUGACCACAUUCUUCUCGUUGUUCUAUUUCUCAAUCAAUGCUGGUUCAUUGAUUUCGACAACGGUUACACCGAUUUUGAGAGAAGAUGUCCAUUGUUUUGGUGAAAAGGAAUGUUAUUCGUUGGCCUUUGGUGUUCCAGCUGUUUUGAUGGCGGUUUCGAUUGUUAUCUUCAUCUUGGGUCGCCCCUUGUACAAAAGCAAACCCCCAGCAGGCAAUAUGGUUGUCUUGGUCAGCAAGACCAUUGGUAAUGCCAUUUCCACCAAAUGGAAGGAGAAGAAAACCAAUCCCCGUGAACAUUGGUUGGACUAUGCCGACAAGAAAUAUGAUCGCCAAUUGAUUGAAGAUGUUAAGGUGUUGAUGCGUGUCUUGGUUUUGUAUUUGCCCUUGCCGAUUUUCUGGGCCUUGUUCGAUCAACAGGGAUCCCGUUGGACAUUCCAAGCCACGCGUAUGGAUGGUGAUAUGGGCUCAUGGGACAUUAAACCCGAUCAAUUGCAAGUGUUGAAUCCUUUGUUGAUUUUGGUAUUUAUCCCACUGUACGAUGUGGCCUUCUAUCCUGCCUUGAGCCUGAUUGGCAUUCGUCGUCCAUUGCAAAAAUUGACUUUGGGUGGUAUUUUGGCUGGUGUUGCUUUCAUCAUUUCCGGUGUUGUUGAACUUAAUUUGGAGAAAACCUAUCCCGUACAACCCUCCGAAGGAUAUAUACAGUUACGUAUUUUUAAUGGCAUACCUGAGUGCUCAUAUACUCUGGGCAGCAACUUGACAGGCUAUGAGAGGAUUUCCAUCAACGGUCUGGGCUUGGGUUAUGAGAAAUUCAUCUACAUUGAAAAUAAAACUUUACCCCUUAAAUACACAGUACAAGAGCAAACAGGCUGUCCCAAACUUCCCGGAGGCACCUUCAUUUUCAAAGAGAAAUUAGCCUACAGUAUAUUUUUGCAAAAUAAAAUUCUACCCCAAUCGGCUCAUGUUUAUUUGGAAGCAAUGGAAAAGUCCAACAAAGCCAAUCCAUUGGUUAGGAAUUUGGCAAACAUCAAUCCGGAUAGUACCAUUGUUUGGAAGUCGCAUAAAACUGGAGAUGUCGAAUCAACGAAGAAGGCAAAUAAUCGAGAAAUUAUUGAAUUGCGUGCCACAACCUAUGAUGUGCUCAUCGAUGACGUUAAGGUGCAUGAGGUAACUCUGAGGCAUGGUGGGGUAUAUUCCCUGGUAAUGGGCAUUGAUGAACACGACACAACAGUGACCCAGUUGGCCGAAGUGAUUAAGGCCAACUCCAUGAGCAUUCUGUGGCUGAUACCACAGUAUGUGGUAAUGACGCUGGGCGAGGUAAUGUUUUCGGUAACCGGUUUGGAGUUUUCCUAUUCCCAAUCCCCCGUCACCAUGAAAUCGGUACUACAAGCAUGUUGGCUGCUGACGGUGGCCUUUGGCAAUGUCAUCGUUGUCAUUGUGGCUGAGGCGAAAAUCUUCAAAUCUCAAGCCAAUGAAUUCUUUUUAUUCGCCGGCCUUAUGUUUGCCGAUAUGAUUGUCUUUAUGUGGGUGGCCUAUCGUUACAAGCCAAAUGAUCCGAACGAUCCAUCGCAUCGGGUACAGAAAAUACAAAACUUUGAACCACAAGGAAAUAUUCUAAAAAUCAAAGGGGUCAAUCAGGCCGAGGCAAGAUUUAGUCCAACCUAUCAACCGAAUCCGAAUCGGGGAGUACCACGUUAUACAAAACGGCCACAAGUGGAUUAGAAUUGUAAGAGCAUAUUUAAUUUGUUUUUUAUUCAUAUUAAACAUUUAUUUGUACGUAGUUUUAAGGAGAUUUUUAUUAAUAAAAACUAUUAACAUUUAUUUAA